UCCUAGACAAGAAAAGUCAACAGAGAUACGCGAUCGACUCCUUGUGACUUAACUCAUGAUUGGAGUGAACAAAAUCAUGUUUUGCCGUAUUAAAAUGACUGUCUUAAACUUUUAUAAAAUUCAAAUGUUAAUCGGAUAUUUUUAUUUGUAUGUAAACGCUGUGAAGGAUAAUAGUAACUGUCAGUGCAGCAAAUUAAAUCGGCAAUUAAUUUUUAGUCGUCAGGAAGGAUAUUGCAUUGUGAAUAAUAUUAAAUUCAAUGCAACUAACGUAAUAAAAGAGAAAAGAAAGAUGGUUAAAAUUAACGCCGGUACAUAUUUCAUAGGAACGAACAAUCCAAUUUUAGUAGCUGAUGGAGAAGGACCAAAACGCGAAGUAGUGUUAGAUAGUUUUUAUAUAGACAAAUUUGAAGUAAGUAAUAAAGAAUUUAUGACGUUUGUAAGUGCUACUGGAUAUAUGACUGAAGCAGAAAACUUUGGGGAUUCUUUUGUCUUUGAGGGUCUUUUAACACAAACUACAAAGGAUAAAGUCAAUAAAGCGGUUGCACAAGCUCCUUGGUGGUUACUUGUGAAACAAGCCUCAUGGCAACAUCCAGAAGGUCCCAACUCAAAUAUUACCUUCAGAAUGGAUCAUCCUGUUAGCCAUGUUUCCUGGAACGAUGCAGUUGCUUACUGCAAUUGGAUGGGAAUGAGAUUGCCAACUGAAGCAGAAUGGGAAGUUGCAUGUCGUGGUGAACUCUCUGAUAGGCUUUAUCCUUGGGGAAAUAAACUAAUGCCAAAAAAUCAGCAUAAAGCUAAUAUUUGGCAAGGCAAUUUUCCUACAGAGAAUACUGAAGAAGAUGGAUACAAAGGUACAUCACCAGUUACUAUGUUUUCACAGAAUAGAUAUGGUUUGCAUAAUAUUGUUGGAAAUGUUUGGGAAUGGACAGCAGAUUGGUGGGUAAUAAAGCACUCAAGCGAUCGAUUAAUAAAUCCAAUUGGUCCUUCUAGCGGUAGUGAUAAAGUGAAAAAAGGUGGUUCAUAUCUAUGUCACAAAAGUUAUUGCUACAGAUACAGAUGCGCCGCGCGUAGUCAAAACACACCUGAUUCAUCAGCUGGAAAUUUAGGUUUUAGAUGCGCUGUAUCAGCAUAA